AUGAAAGGGUCGCUGCCAGAGUCCUACUCGCAACUCAAGAACCUCACCCACCUGUACGCCUCCUCACCCACCUGUACGCCUCCUCACCCACCUGUACGCCUCCUCACCCACCUGUACGCCUCCUCACUCACCUGUACGCCUCCUCACCCACCUGUACGCCUCCUCACCCACCUGUACGCCUCCUCACCCACCUGUACGCCUCCUCACUCACCUGUACGCCUCCUCACCCACCUAUACGCCUCCUCACCCACCUGCCUCCCAUGCCUCACGAUGCACUCCAACUGCCUCACUCACCUCUCAUCCCCCCUCCUUCCCCCCUUCCUCUCACCAUCUCGCCCUCUCACUCUCCUCGCCCCCUCCCUUUCACCCUCCUCCCACCCUCUCACCCUCUCACCCUCCUCCCCCCUUCCCUCUCGCCCUCUCACCCUCUCACCCUUCUUCCCCACCCCGUCCUCUCGCCCUCUCACCCUCUCACCCUUCCCCCCCCCCUCCCGCCCUCUCGCCCUCUCACUCUCUCACCUUUCUCCUCUCCCCGCCCUCUCGCCCUCUCACUCUCUCACCCUUCUCCCCUCCCCCCGCCCUCUCGCCCUCUCACCCUCUCACCCUUCUCCCCUCCCCGUCCUCUCGCCCUCUCACCCACUCAUCCUUCCCCCCUCCCCGUCCUCUCGCCCUCUCACCCUCUCAUCCGCCCCCCUCUCAGGCAUCUGGCAGAGAUGGCUCGGCCUAUCACAACCCGUGGCUGGAGGGAAAGCUGCCGCCCUGCUGGGCCACCAUUCAGUCCCUUGGCAUUCUGUACGGCCCCCUCCCCCCUCCUGCACUCCUGCGCCCCCUUCUCCUCACCUUGGCACUCUUUUCUCCGUGCUCUCUCCCCUCCUUCUGUCCUGCAGUUUUUCUUGUUGCCUUGCUGAGCCGCCGUUCAGUCCCUUGCUCCCUCCUGGGCACCAGGCUUCGCUGCCCCACAUGCCCUGCCAGCUGCCCCACAUGCCCUGCCAGCUGCCCCACAUGCCCUGCCAGCUGCCCCACUCCCUCCUGGGCACCAAGCUGCGCUGCCCCACGCGCCCCACCGACUCCUGCUGCCCCGGGUCCCUUCAGAGCGACCUGCCCUUCUGCUCCAACCCUCCCCAUCCCCACCCACCAGUGCUGUCGCCAGCAGGCAUAGCAGGCGUGGUGGUGGGGAGUGUGGUGCUGCUGGUGGUGGUGCUGCUUGUUCUGCUCUACGUGUGGUACUACUACUGGGGACCGGGCAGCUGCAAAGCGUGGGAGAGGGAGCUGCAGCAGGGCUUCAGGAGGUACACGUGGAGGGAGGUGAUGGAGGCGACCAACCAGCUGAGCCCCGACAACCUUCUCGGCAAGGGCGGCUUCGGCUCCGUCUAUUUGGGAGUCAUCGGCGGCUCACAGCAGAGCGGGUGGAGCACAGGGGUGUGGAAGCGGGCAGAGUCUAGCUGGAAAGCAGCAAACAGCGGCAUGGGUGCGGGGGGUGGCAAGAGCAGGGAGAGUGGCAAGAGCGGGGAGAGUGCCAUGAGGGGUUGGAAUGGCACGAGUGGCGGGGGUGGGACGGCAGACGCAGGGAGUGGGACGAGUGGUGGGAGUGCGACAACUAUGGGGAGCAGCAUGAUUGCGGGCACUGGGAACACUGCUUCUGUUGCUCCGGUGGGCGACAUUGCCGCUGGGUAG